AGAGAUUGCACACUCCAGACUGAUUCAAGAUGGUGAGCCAACGACAACAGCCGGGAAUUGCAUGCGAAGAGUGUCGACGGCGUAGAAUCCGCUGCGAUAGGAGACGACCUCAAUGCACAGCAUGUGCUACAUCCGGCGUCGAAUGCAUAGUGCGAGACAGCUGCCCGGCUCGAGGGCCCAAGAAAGGAUAUCUCAAGACGUUGCAGAAGAGGAUAGAGGAGCUCGAGGGCCAGCUGGAAAAGCAGGGGACCUCUCCAGCACCAACCUGCCAGACCGUGGACAUCGACGGCAGCGCAGACAACGAAAUCCAGACCGCAACGCCCGAAACAACUGAUUUCCUGCAGUGGCCGGCAGUACCGGUCGAAUUCCCAUUUCCUACGAUGGAGCCCUGGGAAUGUUUCGAUGGUUCGUACUCGGGCUCGCUUCUUCCAUUGCCGCCAGUGGAUAGUGUGCUAGUGGACAGUGUGUCAGAGCUGGUCCAGAUGCCAAUGGAAUGUGGCCUCAUGAUCCCUCCGAUGAUGCACAAUGACCUAGACCAGCUGUAUUUUGACCGGGCAUAUGCAUUUGCACCAAUCAUCCAUGCCCACCGCUACCGUGCAUGGUCUAAACUGCCAAACAAGAGCAAACAGAGAACAUGCCUGCAGUACGCGAUGUGGACAUUGGCUUCGUCACUAUCCAGCCAGUUCCAUGUUCAAGGUGGCAAGUUGUACGCGAAGACGAGGCAGCUUCUGCACGAGCUCGAAGCAGAGGAACCCUGCCACCAAAUUUCUCUGGAACAAAUCCAGGCUUGGGCAUUGGUCUCAAUCUACGAGCUGACCUGUCAGGACUUCCACCGAGGCAUGAUGUCCGCCGGCAGAGCUCUUCGUCUGAUUCAGAUGAUGAGACUCUACGAGAUCGACAUGCCUCGAUCACCUCACACUCAGGUAGACCAGUACCAAAGACCGCUCAGUCCGAGCCAGGAGGACUGGGUAGAUAUCGAAACGAAGAGACGGACCUUUUGGUUUGCAUAUCUCAUUGACCGCUUCACGAGUAUGGUGGACGGGCUACACAUGUUCUUUGACGAGCGACUGAUACGAGCACGCCUACCAGCUCCAGAGGCCAACUUUCUCAGCAAUCGCCCCACGGACAUGAGUUUCCUCGCGGACGUUGUUCCCGAUGGCAGCGUCGAGUGGCCACACAACAGCUUAUCGCCCUUUGCAGAGUGCAUCAUCGGGGCCACCAUGUGCGGCCGGGUCCUCCAGCAUAAGCAGAACGCUCCGACAAGACCGUGCGAGGAGUUCUGUAAUCGACAUCGAACGCUGAAUGCACUACUGGCGCAGCGGAUCCGGAUGCUCCGAAUCUACGCAUCCCUGGAGUACCCGGACCCCAUCAUCGCCUUUGUUGCUCUGACGGCACAGAUCGAUGUGCUGAUGCUCUACGACCUGAUUGAAUCCAAGCCGUUAGGGACUGGAGUGGAGGGAACGCAGCUUGCCCAGGCCCUGCACGCAGAGCACCAACAGCAGGCUCUCGAUGCCGUGAACGAUAUCUCUCUGUUAGUGGCCGUUCUUGGCCAGCACUUCCAGAUGCACCCUUUGACCCCGAUCCUGCUCCUGUUGGGAGCUAGAUUCUCUCAAUCCCACCCCGAGCUGAACGACGCCUAUAUCAAGCUUAUGCCAAACAUCUUAACAAUGUUGCAAGCCUCGACGGGCCUCAACAAGCUUGCACAGGGGUUUCUUCAGAUGUUAAAUCCCCAGGGCGACACGUGGUGUGGGUUUACUUAAUUUCUCUCCCUCUCUCUAUGUAGAUUUCACGAAGUAUGAUCAUGAUUAGCUUGGACGGUGC